UCCGCUGCGUCCCCACUAUGGCGGCGUCCAUGCAGCCCACCGCGUCGUGGGCGCCCGCCGGGGUCCCCCGCGGCUGUCGCCGCCGCCUUCGCCGUCGCCUCCGUCUUCCCGCCCCGCGUGGGGCUGGGCGCCGUCUGCCCCUGCUUCCCUCUCCGCUGCGGUCAUGUCGGAAAUUGUAAAUCAUGUGAAGAUGGGACUCUUGGUAUUUGUGCGCAAUCUGCUGCUAGCCCUUUGCCUCUUUUUAGUACUGGGAUUUUUGUAUUACUCUGCAUGGAAGCUACACUUACUCCAAUGGGAGGACUCCAAUUCAGUGGUUCUUUCCUUUGACUCCGCUGGACAAACUCUAGGCUCAGAGUAUGAUCGGUUGGGCUUCCUCCUAAAGUUGGACUCUAAACUGCCUGCUGAGUUAGCCACCAAGUACGCAAACUUUUCAGAGGGAGCUUGCAAACCUGGCUAUGCUUCAGCCCUGAUGACUGCCAUCUUCCCCAGGUUCUCGAAGCCAGCACCCAUGUUCCUAGAUGACUCCUUUCGAAAGUGGGCUAGGAUCCGGGAGUUUGUGCCACCUUUUGGGAUCAAAGGUCAAGACAAUCUCAUCAAAGCCAUCCUGUCAGUCACCAAAGAGUACCGCCUGACUCCUGCCUUGGACAGCCUCCGCUGCCGCCGCUGCAUCAUCGUGGGCAAUGGAGGUGUCCUUGCCAACAAGUCUCUGGGGUCACGAAUUGAUGACUAUGACAUUGUGGUCAGACUGAACUCUGCACCAGUGAAGGGCUUUGAGAAGGACGUGGGCAGCAAAACAACCCUGCGCAUCACAUAUCCUGAGGGCGCCAUGCAGAGGCCUGAGCAAUAUGAGCGUGAUUCUCUCUUUGUCCUCGCUGGCUUCAAGUGGCAAGACUUCAAGUGGCUGAAGUACAUCGUCUACAAGGAGAGAGUGAGUGCAUCAGAUGGCUUCUGGAAAUCUGUGGCCACUCGAGUGCCCAAGGAGCCUCCAGAGAUUCGCAUCCUCAACCCGUAUUUCAUCCAAGAGGCCGCCUUCACCCUCAUCGGACUGCCGUUCAACAAUGGCCUCAUGGGCCGGGGGAACAUCCCGACCCUUGGCAGUGUAGCAGUGACCAUGGCACUACACGGCUGUGAUGAGGUGGCUGUCGCAGGCUUUGGCUAUGACAUGAGCACACCCAAUGCACCCCUGCACUACUAUGAGACCGUGCGCAUGGCAGCCAUCAAAGAGUCCUGGACACACAACAUCCAGCGAGAGAAAGAGUUUCUGCGGAAGCUAGUGAAAGCACGUGUCAUCACUGACCUAAGCAGUGGCAUCUGAGUGGACCCAGCAUUUGACCAUAGAGGCUCAAGCUCCGCCAGGAGAAAGGAACAGCCAUCUGUGCCUGAGUCUUCAGACCCAGAGAAGGACAGUGCCAAGGGGCCCCAGGAGCAGUGAAGCCUUGGCAAAGCAGCCAGAGCUAUGUCUGUUCAAGGCCAGCCUCAGAGACCAGCACUUGGUCUCUUAGUCUGGGUCUGUGAAGCCAGAGGGCCAGGAGGCCCCGGAUGUGCCCAGCAGGCUCAGCAUGCAGGAAGCGGGACACAAGGCCGCAUGGCUGCUGCUGGAAUCAUUUCUCUAAAUCAGUGUUUGAUGUAUUAUCAUUUCGUGAAUUUGGGUAGGGGGAGGGGAGGGAUAAUUUAUUUUUAAAUAAGGUUGGAAAUGUCAAGAGUAGGCCAUUUGCCUUGCAGAAAGAGGCCCUCUAGAGGGCUCAUCAGGCAGUGGUACUAGUGAGCUCUCAAGAGUAGGAGUGCCAUGUCCAGCCUGUGCCCCACUCAGGAGCCACAAGGAGGUGGGCAGCUUCUCAUGCCAGCACCUUCCAGCCCAUGAUGUUUGGCCUUCCUUGGGGAGAAGAUGGGUUUGCCCACUCACCAGCCCCCAUGAUGUCCCACAGGGAAACCCUGGAACCAUCCCUUGGAGCCAACAAAAUAGCCCCUGGGCUAGAGCAGAACUUUGUCAGGCUCAGGAAGGGAGGCCCAGCUCAGCCUGAUGGGAAUGGCUCUCCCCCACUCGCUGUAUUGAUCAGAGGACAUUGCCCCUGGACUGACCAACUUGUCAGUUGUUCUGGGUUUCCACAAUGAGACUGUCAGGUCCUUGGGUUCUGCCUCUAACCUGAACCAGAAAGGAAGUGAGACCCAAGGACCUUAACCAGACUGGAAGCCAUGCCAGAGAACCCUCACGGAAGCAAUAAAGCUCUUCCCUGAA